AUGGCGCCAACACCCGACGAGUUCGAGGACCUGGUGCUGAGCGCGCGUUACGGCGACCUCGAGGACGUACAGGCCUUUGCGGAUGCGUAUGGCUGGGGGGCGGUAUCGAGCGCUCGCGACGACCGCGGCAACUCGGUGUUGCACAUGGCCUGCGGCAAUGGGCACCUGGACGUCGUCAAGCUCAUCCUCGCCAAUGUCCCCGCUUCUGCUCUCCCCGCCCUAAUUUCCGCCAAGAACGAGGCCGGUUCUCCGGCCGUGCACUGGGCUGUGCUGAACAACCACGUUGCCUGCGUCCAGGCGCUUGUUGAUGUCCCCGACACCAACGGUGGCGGCAUCCAGGUCCUCAAGCAAUGCAACGGCGCGGGACGCGACGCCUUUGCGGAAGCCCUGUUCUCGGGCGAGGGCAAGGAAGAGGUCGCGGGCUGGAUCGAGGGAUAUAUCUGGAAAAUCGAGGGCGAUGACGACGAGGUACGCAUGACUGCUGGUGUGGCUGCCGAGGAGGAGGUGCCGUCCCGUGAUGAGCAGGGGGUUGAGCCUGUCGAGGUUGAGCCUGUUGACGACGUUGCCGAUAAGGCUGCGCAACUCAAGGUUUAG